GGCAGCUGCAAGUCAGCCCUCAGUUGCGAAGGCAAAGCAGCCAGCGGCAGUUAGUGCAGAAACCUUUGAGGAGUAGCUGAUAGUGAUACGUAAAUUUCUGCAGUCUGUGGAGCGGCACAAAUACAGAGCACGGAAGGGGGACGCUCUAUGGUGUCAUAAUCUUUGAAAAAACAUUUGCGCUUAAUUUGAAGGUGUACGGAUAGGAAGCCACAUGGGAUUGUUUUGGUUCACUGGAGACUGAAACUGCGCCGGCUUUAGAAUCACGAAGGGAGGGAUAUAUGAUUGGCGCUUCUUUUUUGCAAGGAUGUGAAAAAGCUAAGCAGAACCUCGAAAGGAGAAGAAACAGGACAAGUAUAAAUGGUCACCGAGUGGCCUCUUUUGAGGCAGGGAAGUUACAGUCAUCGAUGUGGAAAGGAUUGAUGGCAUGGGUUGCAUGUUGCCUUUAUUCAGGCGUGCAGCCGCGCAAUCACGCUGAGGACAAGCAGUGGCGCUGAAGAAGAAAGCGAUAUGGGACAAGUAAGUGCAGGGGUCGAUCAGCCCUCCCGCUGCCUCUCUUCCCUAGUCUUUCGCGAGGACAAUUCUUUAAAAGACUAAGACAGGCAAAGCGAGACUGGCCUUGCGUGAAUACAGAAUACGAUGAAGCUAAAUGUAUUUACAGAAGCAGUUUCUGUCUGCGCGAUGUGCAGAACGAGUGAACAGCCUGGGGUCUGUACGGCGUGAUAUGUUAGAUAAGAAGGAAGAACAAGACCUCGCCAUGGGGUACAACGCAAGCUGGGCUUCAAUCAACGAAAGUGAGCGGGUGCUCCCUCAGGCUCUCACUGGCGCUUUGAACGCAUCCAGCGGACACACUGUGGCGAUCAACAGAAGCUCCCAUGAGAUCGGAACUUUAGAAGAUGUGGAAUACAGAGAAGGACAAACCUAUAGACAUUUUGCUACCACAGUACAAAUUGUCAUCUUCAUAGGCUCUUUGCUAGGAAACUUCAUGGUCUUGUGGUCAACAUGCAGGACAUCGGUUUUUAAGUCCGUAACCAACCGGUUUAUUAAGAACCUGGCCUGCUCAGGGAUCUGUGCCAGCCUAGUCUGUGUACCUUUUGACAUCAUCCUCAAUGCUAGUCCACACUGCUGUUGGUGGAUUUAUACCAUGGCCUUCUGUAAGACCAUCAAGUUCUUGCACAAAGUCUUCUGCUCAGUGACCAUCCUGAGUUUUCCUGCCAUUGCUCUAGAUAGGUAUUAUUCAGUUCUGUACCCACUUGAAAGGAAAAUAUCAGAUGCCAGGUCUCGAGAUCUGGUGAUCUACAUCUGGGCACAUGCAGUGGUGGCAAGCAUUCCUGUAUUUGCUGUGACCAGUGUCUCGGAUAUUUACGCAAUGUCCUCUUGCACUGAACCUUGGAGUUACUCUAUUGGCCAUUUGGUAUAUGUAAUUAUUUACAAUAUUACCACUGUGAUAGUGCCGGUGGCUGUGGUGUUUCUCUUUAUGAUCCUUAUCCGGAAGGCCCUGAGUGCCAGCCAGAAGAAAAAAGUCAUCAUAGCUGCCUUAAGAACACCUCAGAAUACUAUUUCUAUUCCUUAUGCCUCCCAGAGAGAAUCUGAACUUCAUGCCAUGCUGCUGUCCAUGGUUAUGAUCUUUAUCUUCUGCAGUAUUCCCUAUAUGAUUUUGGUGAUUUACCGUAUUGUAUUGAGUUCUUCUGACCCUUCUGUGUUCUUGCUUCUCACUGCCAUCUGGCUGCCCAAAAUAUCACUGCUGGCCAAUCCUCUGCUUUUUCUGACUGUUAACAAAUCUGUACGUAAAUGCUUAGUAGGAACAAUUGUGCGGCUGCAUCGAAGAUACAGUCGGAGGAACAUCGUCAGUUCUGGAAGUACUGCAGAUGCCAGCUUGGAGCCUCAUGUCCAGUCUGGUAGCCAGCUACUGGAAAUGUUUCACAUUGGGCAACAGCAAAUUUUCAGACCUACAGAGGAUGAAGAAAAUGAAACAAAAUCCAUUGGUUCCAGUGAUUACCAGCAGAAAGAAAUCCCUACAACCAGCUUGGAUGUGGAACAGACUUUGGUUCAGAGGACUAUACCGCAUGCAGUUGCAGACUCUGCUGCACAAGUGGCUCCAGCUAUGCCAACAGAAGCAGAACUAGCCAGUGAAAAGUAUUCCAUGCAGUUAGGCUUUGGGCCCUUUGAGUUGCCUCCACAGUGGCUAUCAGAACAUCAGAACAGUAAGAAAAGACUAUUACCACCAUUGGGGAAUACUCCUGAGGAGCUAAUCCAGACAAAGCAGCCCAAGUAUAAAGCAGAAAGAAAAAUUAGUAGGAACAAUAAAGUCAGCAUCUUUCCAAAAGUGGAUUCCUAGUAAAAGCGGGAGCUGUGUGUGACAAGACACAACCCUGCUUCUUGCAUACAUGUGAUCCUAUGGAUCUGUAUUAUGUUGCAAUAUAUUAAAGGCUUAUUUUUGUGCCGAUUUAUGUAAAAACAAAAUGAAAACAUAAAGUGUUCCUUAUGAAUGGA